AAAAUGCUAGGCAAAUUUUUUCCGCUCAUCAAGGAAAAGCCGUUGAACGAACGUGUUCAAUCGCGCGAUGCUUUUAUUUACUUGGAGAGGGUCAUGUGGACCUUGGGCUGGACAGAACCCUAUGAAAAAAGAUGGGCAGAGGUUUACAAGGUAUUUUGCUUUCUCACAACCCUUGGAUGCUUUAUCUUGGUGCCGAUAUCGAUUGUCGUGGAAUACGUCCGUCGUUUCAAGAGUUUCUCGGCUGGCGAGUUUCUCAGUUCUCUUGAGAUCGGGGUCAAUAUGUAUGGAUGCUCCUUUAAAAACACCUAUACCUUGCUUGGUCAGAGAAAAGUGCGAAAAGCAAAACUGAUACUGGAUCGCCUGGACGAAAGAUGCAUUCGGGAUGAGGAGAAGUUCCUGGUGCAUCGCUAUGUGGCCCUAGGAAACUGUAGCUACGUCGUGUACCACACGUGUUACUGGGUCUUUGUGAUCACAAACUUCAUAGGUUUUCUGCUGAUAGGUCAUCAUGCCUGGCGCAUGUAUAUUCCGCUGCUAAAGUCGGAUGAGCAUUUCCUGAUAUCCAGUGUCGCGGAAUUUUUGCUAAUGCUCUACGUGGUGACCAUGGCUCAGUGCUCGGAUGUGUGUCCCACGGUUAGCAUGAUGAUGGCUCGAUGUCACAUCCUCCUGCUUAAGAAUCGGGUGUUGCGUCUUCGAUCGGAUCCGGGGAAAGGAGACGAUGAGGACUUGGAGGAACUGGCCAAGUGCAUUCAGGAUCAUCAUUUGAUAUUGGACUAUGUCAACACUCUGCGACCUGUCUUUUCGGGUGUUAUUUUCGUGCAGUUCCUGCUGAUUGGCGUGGUCUUGGGCCUCUCGAUGAUAAACGUAAUGUUUUUCUUAUCAUUUUGGACCGGGCUCGGAACUUGCCUCUUUAUGUUCGACGUUUGCAUGGAGACAUUUCCCUUCUGCUAUCUCUGCAAUAUGAUUAUCGAUGAUUGCCAGGACCUCUCUGACAGUCUAUUUCAAUCAAAUUGGUCGACUGCCAGCAGUCGCUACAAAUCCACUUUGGUUUAUUUCCUUCACAAUCUGCAGCAACCUAUUAUCCUCACGGCAGGUGGAGUUUUCCCGAUUUGCAUGCAGACAAACUUAUCUAUGGUUAAACUGGCGUUUUCUGUGGUUACUAUUAUAAAGCAAUUUAACUUAGCCGAAAAACUAGCCAGAUACUCCAGAAAAUACUCCACGAACAAGAUGUUAAGCAAAGUGUUUCCUCACAUCAAGGAAAAAUCAUUGGACGAGCGGGUUCAAUCGCGGGACGCUUUUAUUUACUUGGAUCGGGUCAUGUGGUCGAUGGGCUGGACAGAGCCAGAAAACAAAAAAUGGAUACUGCUAUACAAUAUGUGGGCAACUUUUAUGGUUGUUUUGAUGUUCAUCCUUCUGCCAAUCUCAAUGACCAUCGAGUACAUUCAUCGGUUCAAGAGCUUCUCGGCUGGCGAGUUCCUCAGCUCCCUGGAAAUCGGGGUUAACAUGUAUGGAAGUUCCUUUAAGUGCGCUUUCACCAUGAUUGGCUACAAGAAAAGGCAGGAGGCCAAGAGAAUAUUGGAUUUACUGGACCAGAGAUGCAUUUGGGAUGAGGAGAGGUCCACAGUUCAUCGCUAUGUGGCCUUGGGAAACUUACUUGAUAUCAUGUAUCACAUAUUUUACUCCAGCUUUGUAGUCAUGAACUUUCCGUAUUUUCUGCUGAAGGGACGUCACGCCUGGCGAAUGUAUUUUCCCCUGAUCGACUCCGAUGAGCAAUUCCUUAUCUCCAGCAUCGCGGAAUGUCUUCUGAUGACAUGGUGCAUCUACAUGGAUCUGUGCACGGAUGUUUGUCCUUUGGUCUCCAUGCUGAUGGCUCGAUGUCACAUAAACCUUCUGAAGGAUCGACUGAGAAAUCUUAGAUCGGAGCCGGGAAAAGAUGAAGAUGAGUACUUGGAGGACCUAACUAAGUGCAUCCGGGAUCAUCGCUUGAUAUUGGACUAUGUGAACGCUUUGAGACCCGUCUUUUCAGGCACCAUUUUUGUGCAGUUCGUUUUGAUCGGUACAGUGCUGGGUCUUUCGAUGAUCAACUUGAUGUUCUUCUCAACAUUUUGGACCGGCGUCGCCACUUGUCUCUUCAUGUUCGACGUCUCUAUGGAGACAUUUCCGUUUUGCUAUCUGUGCAACAUGAUUAUCGAUGAUUGCCAGGACCUCGCUGACUGUCUAUUUCAAUCAAAUUGGACGGCUGCCGACCGUCGCUACAAGUCCACUUUGGUGUACUUUCUUCACAAUCUGCAGCAACCCAUUACUCUCACAGCAGGUGGAGUUUUCCCGAUUUGCAUGCAAACCAAUCUGGCUAUGGUGAAAUUGGCCUUUUCAGUGGUCACGAUUAUUAAGCAAUUUAAUUUGGCCGAGCAGUUUCAAUGAAACGAGAGAAACUGAAUGUAAUUUUAAAGACGUUCAUUAGGAAAUGCAAUUGUGUUUGAAGUGUGACUCUUAUGCUGCGUUCU